AUGCAGGGUAGCAGGAUAGGUGAGAAUGGACAACCAUUAUCACGUGGAGCUAUAGGACCACACAACUUUCCUGAAAUACAACAACAUGGACAAGAAACAGCUGCUGCUUCAUUUUAUAAUGUUCCUCCACCAAGUUAUAAUAACGAAUCUUAUAAAAAUUUUCAACAACAUAACCAAAGAAAGCAAACAAAUGAUGGACUUAUGUUUGAAGCUGGAUUAUCUGGUGUGGAGAAUAAUUUGGAUAAUGGAAGGAUUAAUGAAAUAAAAACAAAUUUACAAACUGAUAGACAAAUUAGAAUGGCUUUUGUACGGAAAGUUUAUUUCCUUCUCACCCUUCAAUUAUUAUGUACAAUUAUUUUUAUUGUAUGGUUUAUGUUUCAUGAACCUGUUAAAGAAUAUGUUCAAAACAAUACUUGGCUUCUCUUAAUUUCAUGGAUCAUGACUUUCAUAUCUCUAAUAUUAUUGUUUUGGAAACGCAAAGCGUAUCCAUUGAAUUUAUUCCUUUUAUUUAUAUUUACAAUAUUUAUCUCUUAUGGUAUAGGAGCAGUUGUAUCAAUGUAUAAUGCUAGAGUGGUUCUUCAAUCUUUCAUAAUAACAUUUGGAGUUUUUCUAGCUUUACAAAUCUUCACUUUACAAUCAAAAUUUGAUUUUUCAUCUUGGGGGCCUUUCCUAUAUGCUGGACUUUGGAUUAUAAUAUUUGCUUCAAUAAUUGGUUGGUUAUUCCCAUAUGAUAGAGGAUAUCAUAUUGUUAUUAGUGUUAUAGCUGCAUUUUUAUUUAGUGCAUAUAUUAUUUAUGACACAUAUAUGAUAUUUAAAAGAAUGAGUCCUGAAGUUGAUUUAUAUCUUGACAUUCUAAAUCUCUUUGUAGUAAUCUUAGCAAUCUUCGGUGGAGCAGGUGAAACAUAA